UUUCUGUCCAACGCCUCCAUAAUAUUCAACAUCAAGCAUCAAAACAGCAGAGAUGGCUUUUGCUCUUGGCUCGCUGUUCCUCUUUUGCAGCAUUAGUUCACUGUUGACCGGAGUUUACUCUCGGACAAACCUUCACGAGAAUGGAAACAGCUGCUGUCCUAAAGGCUGGACUCGGUUGGACCAUCGCUGUUUCAUCUACCAAGAUGACCGCAGGGAAUUUGCAGAUGCAGAAAAGGUCUGCCAGGUUAUUGGUGGCAAUCUGGCCUCUAUCCACAGUACUUUGGAAUAUACCGUAGUUCUUGAAAUGAUUAAGGAAGCCUCUGACUCUUCUGAUGAUGUUUGGAUUGGACUCCAUGAGAGCAUAGAGGAAAAGGCCUUUUUCUGGACUGAUGGGUCAUCCGUUGAUUUCACUACAUUCAAUGAUAAUGUCACUUCUGGAGAUUGCGUUGAAAUUGAAUUCCAAGAUGGUCAAUGGGACAACGACAGCUGCUAUGACAGGAACAGAUUUGUUUGUGCCAGAGAUAUUGAACAAUGCUGCCAAUGACAAGCCCCCCAACCAUCAUAAAAUCUAUAACAAUGCCUUGAAAACUUUUAAAAUUACUGGCCCGAAAUCAAUAUUGAGUGUUCUCAUUCUUUAUUUUAUUGAUUUAUUUGGAGGUUUUCACUAGAUUUGUGCUCAGGACCACACGUUCCAAGACUUGUCUCACCGAGACCAAGAUGAGACUGAAAUUUUAGGGAGUCAAGACCAUGACAAGACCAAGACCAACACAACCUGAGAACGUGACAAGACCAAGACUUUUUGGAGUUGAGAAUGAGAUGCGACGUAGACCUUUGAUAUGUGGUGUCGGGAAUAGCAUCAGGACUAUAAGAAAAGACGACUUUCAACUGUACAACAAGCAAAUUAUUUAGUGCAUUCUCGAGACUGAGACUUUGAUUUUGAGUGCUACAUACAACCCCAGCCUUGACUCCAA